AUGCCCCGAAUACCUUCCGUCUCGCCGACGACGGGCAACCCUGUCUCCGCGAGCUUCGUGCACACCGUCGAGGGCAGCUUCGUCGACUCCACCGGCCGCACACUCCUCUUCAGAGGCGUCAAUCUCUCAGGCGCAUCCAAGGCUCCUGUAGGCGAGCCAUCAUACAUCCUCAACGGCUUCUGGGAGGACGCGGAGAACGGCGGCAAGAGCUUUAUCGGGCGCCCCCUCAACAUUGACGACGGGUCCGCCGAUGUCCAUCUCGCGCGCCUGCGGGGAUGGGGCUUCAACAUACUCAGGUACCCCGUCAUGUGGGAAGCCCUCGAGCACGAAGGACCUGGAAAAUAUGAUUACGAGUUUAUGGACUAUACUGUUCGUGUGUUGCGCAAAUGCAAGGAACAUGGAUUCAAAAUAUAUAUGGACCCACAUCAGGACACGUGGUCCCGCUUCUCUGGCGGCUCGGGUGCACCCUAUUGGACACUCCCCGCAUGCGGCCUCGACCCGCGAAAUUUCACCGCUACACAGGCCGCUAUCGUCCACUGCGAAUACCCCAGCACACAGCAGCCCGACCCCGCCUCUGUCCCCGCUAUGAUCUGGUCGACCAACUACGGCCGGCUGGUCUCCCAAACCCUCUUCACGCUCUUCUUCGCCGGGCGCGACUUUGCGCCCAAAUGCGUGCUCGACGGGCAGAACAUCCAGGACUACCUCCAGGCACACUACAUCGAGGCCUUUGGACAGCUCGCGGAGCGCAUCCGCGACGCGGGCGACUUGCUCGACGACUGCGUGAUCGGGUGGGACAGCAUGAACGAGCCGUCGGAGGGCUUCGUGGGCUACCCGGACCUGAACACGCUCCCGCAGCACCAGACCUCGACGCUCAAGAAGGGCACCACGCCGACGCCCGCCGAAUCGCUCCGCCUGGGGAUGGGGCACGCGCAGACAGUCGCGAACUGGACGUUUGGCGCGUUCGGCCCGCGGCAGGACGGCACCGUCACGAUCGACCCUAAGGGCCGCACGGUGUGGGCGGACCCCGCGACGGAGCCCGACGGCGUGCACCCGCAGUAUGGGUGGACGCGCGACCCCGCGUGGCCGCUCGGCGUAUGCGUGUGGGCGCUGCACGGCGUGUGGGACAUCGAGACAGACUACGUCCUCCGGCCGGAUUACUUUCGGUAUCUCUCCAACUCUGGCGGCGACGAAGGGGACGGGAGCGUGGAUGCGGCGGACGCGGCGGGCCCGCGCGAGGUCGCGUUCAUCGCGGAUUAUUGGGCGCCACACUGGCAAGCGUACGCGCGGCGCGUGCGCCAGGCGCACCCGGAAGCUAUCCACUUCGUCGCGCCACCCGUGUUCGCACAGCCGCCGCCGCUCGACGAGCGCGACCUCGGCGGGCGGUGCGCGUACUCGACGCACUACUACGACGGGCUGACGCUCAUCACACGCCACUGGAACUGGUUCAACGCGGACGCGCUCGGCGUCCUCCGCGGGCGGUACCGCUCGCCGGUGCAGGCCGUCAAGCUCGGCGAGCGCGCGAUCCGCAAGUCGUUGCGGGAGCAGCUCGGCAUCUUGAAGGGGGACGCGGUGAUCCUGGGCGCGUACCCGACGAUGAUCGGCGAGAUCGGGAUCCCGUACGAUAUGGAUGAUCGCGCCGCGUACGGGUACACGGACGGCGGGCGGCACAGGGGCGACUACAGCAACCAGCAGAAGGCGCUCGACGCGAGCAUCAACGCGAUGGACGGCGCCAACGCGCUCAACUACACGCUGUGGAACUACUGCCCCGACGGCUCGCAUCCGUGGGGUGACGGCUGGAACAUGGAGGACCUCAGCCUGUGGAGUCCGGACGACCUCCGCCCGCGAGACGGGGACGGCGAGAUGUACCCCGGCAAUUUUGGCGACAAGUCGUCGGCCCUGCUGCUGAAGCACAAGGGCGGCGUGCGCGCGUCGGAAAGCGUCCGCUGGCACAGCGCGUUCGACUUUCUGACUGACGGCGCGCGCGGCGUGCGUGCGUUCAGCCGGCCGUACCCGACCGCGGUCGUCGGCGCGCCCGUGGAUAUCGAGUUCGACGCGGACAAGAGCACGUUCCGGCUCACCCACGAGUCGCCGCCGACGGAGAUCUUCCUCCCGCUCGUGCACUACGCGUCGGACCAGGCGGUCGGGGCGCUGCUGGCGCAGUCGGAGCACAUGGUGGACCCGUCGGGGUCGGCGGGGACGGUCGACGGCGGGGAUGACGGGCUGCAUGCGAGCCGGUCGAGCGAGACGCUUGGUGGGAGCCCGUAUUAUCCGCCGCGCGCCGCGGGGCUGCGCGCGGGGCCGGGCGGGCUCGCGGUGGAGGUGGAGGUGUCGGGCGGUCGGUUCGAGGUCGUCGGGGAGCUGGUGCGGUGGUGGUACGACGUGCCGGCGGAGGGGGAGCCGGAGCGCGAGUAUUGGAUCACGGUGAAGCGGCGCGGGGGGCGGGUGUGGACGCGAGAGGAGCGGGAGGUGGAGCGGGAGGGGUGUUGUUGGCGCGUGGGGGACUUGUGUGCGGAGACGACGAAGGGGUGCGUGGUGAUGUGA